UUUUCUUGCAAGAAACAAAUUAUGACAUUUCAACAUUAUUUUUAAUAUCUUAGAUCUGACUUCUUCUUUACAGAGCUGAAAGAAUUGGCAUCAUUUUGUUUGUGUCUAGACUAGCAGGUGGGAAACUUGGCAUUUUCUUACAAGGAACGAAUUAUGACAUUUCAACAUUAGAAGCAGUAGUACUUUUGUCAAUUUGACUACAACGUUGGUUCUUCCUUUUCAUAUCUGUUUUUUUUUAAUCAACAUUUUGAUUUUGUGAUAUAUUGGUACUCGUGAAGUAACUGAAACAAGAAUCAAGCCCUCUACAUGGUCAUGGAGGGGGGCGAGUACAGUGGGACUAAUGACUCUGAACUGAGAGCAAGUGUAUCAAUCGAUGUGACAAGAAGUGCCAGUUCUUCAUUAAGGUGGCGCUCUUUAAGUUCAUUAGGUGCUCAUCCCUCUCAAGUAGAUGAAGACAUUGAAAGUGAUAGUGUGUCAGAGGUGGGAGAUAUUGGGGAUCGAGCUCUUCACAGCAACAGGUACAGUGUAAGUGGCAGUUUCAACUUCUCAUCUGCAGAAGAUAUUCAAUUGCAAUCCUAUGGAUUCUGGUGUCAUGAUCCUACUGCAUCCCAUGCAAUCUCCACGGUGUCGCCUUUGCCAGAGGAAAUCAUUUCUCCCCUGUCUACUGAUGCCAUAGUACGUGAUGAGGAGAAAAACCAAAUCAUGCUUGUAGGAAACACUUAUGGUUCUUUACAUGUGCAGGCAAGUACAGAAAGAAUACCAAAAUUGUUGGAGUAUGGUUCAUGUAUGACUCAUCUAGCCUUCUUUGGCAUUCUUGGGGUCUUAACGAGAUAUCUACUGCAAAAAUUGUUCGGCCCCAGAGUUGCUGGUGUGACAAGUGACCAAACAAUUCUUUACCUUGAUCUUCCUUCUAAUAUGGUUGGCUCUUUCUUGAUGGGGUGGUGCGGUGUUGUUUUUAAAGCAGAUAUAUCAUAUAGGUCAGAUUUUUUGGCAAUUGGAUUGACAACAGGUUACCUGGGAAGUGUUACAACUUUUAGUGGUUGGAACCAGAAAAUGCUUGAACUGAGUGUCGAAGGCCAUUGGGUAUUUGCAGGUCUCGGUUUUUUAAUAGGUUUGUUUCUCGCUGCCUACUCCAUCAUUUUUGGGGUAGAAACAUCCAAGUGUUUUAGGCAGCUGCUUGUAAGGAGUUCAGGGUAUGGUGUUGCUAGCUCUAGAAAGAGCUGGAGAGUUGACAGCCUCAAGCGUCACUUGGCAGUUUUGGCAGUGUGUCUGCUGUUGCUAGCUGGAUUAUGGAGUAUGAGUGGAAUAUUGAUGAGGCAGGAGUUUAACAGCAGCAGCAGUGAGACACAACUUUGGUUGGCUUGCAUCAUUGGACCUCUAGGAGUCUGGGUCAGGUGGUUCUUAGCUCGACUAAAUGGACGUGGAUUGGGAAAGACAGGGUUGUUAAAAUGGGUUCCAUUUGGUACUCUAAUUGCCAAUGUUUCUGCAGCUUGUAUCAUGGCGGCACUUGCUACUGUAAAGAGAGAGGUAAAUACCAAGACUUGCGAUAUUGUUGCAACAGGCAUACAAUUUGGAUUUUUGGGUUGCCUGAGUACUGUAUCUACGUUCAUUGCCGAGUUUAAUGCAAUGAGAGAAAGUAAAUACCCCUGGAGAGCAUACAUCUACGCCACAGUCACCAUAUGCACCUCAUUUUGUUUAGGGACCCUGAUAUAUUCUGUACCUGUUUGGGCAAAGGGAGACAACUAAAUACAACAAUUUUUUGCUUCUCGAGUGCCCCAUGGAUCUUGCAGAAAAAUUUUCUACAAACCACCUGCAGCCAAUUUCCGUGCUUGAUGAACUUUCUAUCUUUUCACUGUUGUUUAUCUUCCUUUACCGCUCCAUUGCAUAUUCUUGUGAAUUGUGAUACAUAUAUUUUAUCAAGAAUCCAGAAAUUAACAGAUGUAUGUAGUCUUGGAAGAAGUUAGGCUCUUUGUAUCGGAUGAGGAAGGAGAACUCCCAAAGUCAGAUCUAUCCAAGUCAUUUUACUUAGACGGGAAUAAGAAGAUUCAACACAAGGCAUAUGGGAUCAAUUUUUCCCAAUAUAUACAAGGUUAAAUUAGAGAAAAGAGAGAUUUGGAGCUUAAAGUCAGACGCAGGUUUGAAAAGGUGCUUGCUAUCCUGACUGUCCAGAAUUGGCUCUGCUGUGUGUCAACUUCACGGAUUAAACUGUACCUUCUCACAAGGAAUUAGUAGGCGAGCCUUAUACCGCUGGAAAGAUACGGAUGUUAGCUUUUUGAGGAAUUUUACGGAAGUGGAUUCGCAUUCUUGUGGAUCAAGUUAUGAUGAUUUUAGCGAACCUAGUUCGGGAAGGCAGAUUCUGACGGAUUUUGCAUAUCUUUUCGGAAUCUGACUUGUGAGGCCCAAGUCCGUUGUUCUUAGCAAUUGAAUGGAACAAGGCUGAACGUGUCUGACAUAUUUUUGGAGUAAUUUCUUGCAUUGACUUUAAUAACCCUGCGUUUCUUUGGAGAGAAGAAAGCUAUUCCAAGUUGGACUAGAAGACCUAAGAAGCCCAAGUCAAGUAGGAAUUGGAAAGGAACGUAGAAGGCAGAAAACCUAGCACGUAUAGAGACACAAGAGGCAGCAUAUUCCGCAGAGAACGAGGAGAAGAGAAGUUCUCACCAUCGCUGGACCCGAGUUCCUCAAUUCUUCCAUUGUUUGUUUCAUGUUUUCUUUGAUUCUAGUCAUGUUUUUCAUAGUCAUGGAUUGCUAAACUUCUAGGCUAGGGCUGAGAUGAAGCCCCUAGUAUGACUAUCCUAUUUAUU